AUCCCAACAAAACACAUUCACCCACACCCGAAGAAAAUGACUUCCCCUUCAUCACAAAAAACUCUCAACUCCAUCAAUCUCCUAUUCUCCAUCAAACCUCCCUCUGUUUCUCACUCAUCAUCAAUGAAGCUCAAAACCUUCAUCUUCUCCCAUCUCUACUCCAAAGCCAGAUCACUCCUCCUCCAAAUCUUCAAGAAGAAGAAGCAGAAGAAGCUCUAUUUCAGCUCUUUCAGGCUGCAUUAUAACUGGUGUUCGUCUUCUCGGACUAUAUACUUCAAUGAUUAUUACCCCAAGUCGCUCCGCUACGACAUCGGGCCGGCUGGGGAGUGCACCGGAGAGCUGUCCAAGUACCUGCAGUGGCUGGAGGACCAAGAAUCGUCCAAUGAGAUUGAUAGGCUGGCCGAUUUGUUCAUUGCUGACUGCCAUGAGAAAUUCAAGCUGGAGAAGCAAGAGUCUUACAGAUUAUUUCAAGAAAUGAUGGCUAGAAGCGUUUGAAUCUUCUAUUUCUCUUUUAGCUUUUCCUUUUCAUGUCAUCUUCACUGGAUUAAUUAGGCUUUUCUCUUCUUCUUUUUGUGUGACAUACUCCAUAAUUUUGCAAUUCUAAUUUUAACUAUUUGCAAGUUCGACUUGGCAUUUUUUUUGGAAAUGAACUGACGAGCCUUGAUUAUGACUCGUGAGGUCCUCAAAUUAAAUGGAUAAUUCAUAUAUAUGUAUGGAGAAAUUUCAUUUUA